AAACGCGCGAGUAACGUCUUGGCGCUGAGAACUUCACAAUAUUUUGAUGCCCCGCGCGAAGGUCGUCCAAAAAUAUCACUCCUUUUUCGUUUUGGACACCUUUGGAAAGAAAACGUCAGUGUUUUUUAUCUGCCAAGUGAGAGUGGUAUAAGUUUCCUUGUUUUUGGGCUUUGAAAACGUCGGAAGUUCUAUUUGAGGAAUAUGGCGAAGUUCGACCCGAUGGAUGUGUUAAGCGCCAGUUGUCACACCCUAAACAUUUUGGAGAACGAGAAGGCGAUCAUCGAGCAAAAGAGGCAGGAGGAUAGGUUCAAGGAGAUCAUUCAGAGUUGCCAGUCGCUGAGCCAUUACGAGGGGAAAAAAUUUAAAACUCUUCUUCCGCAGAUAUUGGCAGCAAUAUUGUCGGCUACUUUUAACAUCGUAUAUGGAGUAUCGCUAGCCUACUCAGCGAUACUCAUCCCUCAGCUGAACGAGACGCAAUACUCGUCAAAUGCGACCGAUGACAGUAUUCUACGGGUCACCGAAAGUGACUUCUCGUGGAUUGCGAGCGUUCUCGUCGUGAUCGCGCCGUUCGGUUCGAUCGCCGGCGGUUUCAUGAUGGACGCGAUCGGAAGACUACGCCUCAUAUUUCUGGCGGCGAUCCCGAGCGUACUCGGCUGGCUGCUGAUCGCGACAGCUACGAAUGUGCCGAUGAUGAUCGUGGGUCGGCUCCUUACGGGGAUCGCUUCGACUUGGGGGGCCAGUCCAGCCAUGGUCUACAUUACGGAGAUUGCAAGGGCGGACAUGCGCGGAUCUCUAAUUUCAGUGGCGCCCGCCUUUUGCUCGCUAGGCAUGGUACUCGCGUACCUGAAGGGCUGGUUCAUCGACUGGCGGACGAUCGCCUGGAUUUGCGUCGGUUACUCGAUCAUCCCGGCAGUGGCCGUCCUGUUCAUUCCGGAAAGCCCCCCUUGGUUGGUUAGCAAGGGCAAGCUGAAGAAGGCGAAGCGCGGUCUCGACUGGAUCAAUCGAUUCCAACCUCAACCUUUAGAGAAGGUCGAGACCUUCUCCGACAUGCAGCUGGCGUCACUGCAAAAGGAGCACUUAUUAAAAAUGCAAGAGCGCGCACAAAUAACCAAGAGAUCCCUGAGGGAUAAGGCGAGGAUGUUCUGCGAACCAACCGCUUACAAACCUCUCCUAAUUCUGACGGGACUAUUCGUCUUCCAACAGUUCUCAGGGACCUACAUCACUUUAUUCUACGCAGUAUCCUUCUUCGAAGAGGUCGGUACUGAGAUCAACCCAUUUUUAGCAUCGAUCUACCUGGGAAUGGUCCGAUUUGGUAUGUCAAUGGUAAACACGUGGCUAAUGAAGCGUUUUCCCCGAAGAACCCUCCUGACGGUCAGCGCGUUGGGGAUGGCGGCGUGUAUGGGUGUCUCCGGGUUGUUCACCAGGUGGAUCCACGACGGCACGACAACCCACACCUGGGUACCGGUGUUAAUGCUGGUGAUCUACGUCAUAACCUCAAUGAUCGGCUUGCUCUCGAUACCAUGGACGAUAAUCGCCGAACUCUUCCCGCUCGCCAUUAGAGGGAUCGCGCACAGUAUCGUCUACAGCUUAGCGAAUCUCAUCAUGUUCGCGGCGAUUCAGUGCUACUUCGAUCUCGAGAAGCUGCUCGGAGGAUCGUCGGGCGUCCAGUUUUUCUUCGGGAUCGUCUCGUUGGGCGGCCUCGUCUACAGUUACGUCUUCCUGCCCGAAACGCACCGGAUGAAGUUGAGCGAUAUCGAGAAGUACUUCCUAAAACACACCACGUACCUCUCGCUCAGCUCCGAGAAGAAGAAGAGGAUGCAGCAGGUGCAGCGGAGGCCCAUCGUAAGAAACAAGUCGAAGGGAGAACUUAAGACCAUACACGAGCAGAGUGAGAAGAUGAUCGUCAGAGAGGAUGUUUGAGGGAGUUUUACUUAGCUAAUUUUUAUAUGGAAUUGUAUUUUAAACGUAUUAAUUAAAGCGUCUCUUCUGUA